UACUAGUAGUUUUAAAGGGCAACAACAAAUUGUUUAUAAAAAUAGUUGAUUAGUGUGAUCAUAUUGUUAAGUAAUUAUGUCGUUACAGGCAAAAUUAGUUCUUGGAGGUGCGUGCGUUUUUUCAUUGGGAAUUAUAGGAUACGUCCAUUAUAAACAAUAUCUUGACAGGCAACAGUUGCACCAAGGAGUGCUGACAGACAUGGAAAGGCGCCAAAGACGCAAACAGGAAAAUCUCUACAUCCUCCAGAAACAAAUCGAUCUGGCCAAAGAAAUUAGGAAAAGUGAAAACACGUCUGAUAUCACUUAAUUUUUUAUUGUAAAUAAUUUAGUAACAAAAUAAAAACAUAAAAAAUCA